CAUUAUAUUUAGUUCAGUCUAUACUAUACUAACCUACAUUAUGGUUCGUCUUACAAAAGAACAGAUUCAGUUUUAUAAAGAUAAUGGCUACAUUCAUCUCAAGAAGCUGAUCAAAGGGAGGGAGCUCCAGAGGGUCUCGGAGGAGUACGACAAUUUGUUCAGGAGGAAGAAUGCAGAGAAAACGGAGAGCUCUUGGGUCGGCAGUGAUGAUACGUUCAGAGAAAGUGACAGCCCUUAUACUGUGAAAGGCAUCCACAACCUGCAGAUGCAUCACGCAGUGUUCGGCAAGCUGCUGUACAACGCCGACCUGCUGGAUGCUGUACAGGACGUGAUGGGCACUGAGAACAUCAUGCUGCAUCACACCAAAGCUCACCUCAAGCCUCCGGAGAAGGGAGCUUCUUACCCUAUGCAUCAGGACUAUCCUUAUUUCCCUUACGAAAAGGACUCCAUGGUGGCAGCUUUCAUCCACCUGGAUGAAGCUACACCCGAGAACGGAGGACUGUUUGUGUAUCCUGGAUCACACAAGUUAGGACCACUCGAGGACUUCGGGCCCAAGGAGGGAAGCCACUUCCAUUAUGUUGACCAGAAAAAGUUCCCAAUCGAGGGUGCAACGCCUGUGAUCGCAGAAGCUGGAGACGUGGUGAUCUUCUCGUACCUGCUGGUGCACGGCAGCAGCGCCAACAGCUCCGCGCGCCCACGACGCAUGUUCCUCGCCCAGCUGGCGGAUGCGCACGACCGGCCCAAGGGCGGCGAGCGGAGCCAGCCAGGCAGGGGCUGGAUGCUGCGGGGGGUCAACCUUCACAGAGAUGCUACAGUCGCUAAUAGAGCUCGCGAUUGAAUUAACGCUUUUAAGGGUUCCGUACCUCAAAAGGAAAAACGGAACCCUUAUAGGAUCACUUCGUUGUCUUUCUGUCUGUCUGUCUGUCCGUCUGUCCGUCGUGUCUGUC